AUGAAACAAUCAGAGACGAUGAUGCAUGUUCAACACCAAUCCGAGCAAACUUUUGUUGAAUUUCUGUCGUGUCUGUACAAGGCCACCCAACGACAGUCUUCCAUGAAAGCAACAACCAUCCAAUUAUCAAAAUCAUUCCUCCUCCACCAAAUUCAAAAUAGCCACGUUUUUAAACAAUUGUUUCGAUCCAACAGUUCUUCUGUUUCACAACAUUCUUCUCUUCGUUUGAUUUAUGAUUUGUAUCACUUGUCCGUAGGCUUGAGACAAUGUGUCUUGUUGGAUUAUGUGAUGAUUGCAAAAGAAGAAAAAUUAUGUCAAUUAUUAUUUGAUUUUUCAAAAGAAUGGACUCGAGCAACACGACUGAAAUUGAUGAAAAUUGAAUUUGUGACAUUGUUGGGAGGGAAUUGGGAAGAGAUGAUAUUCACAUAUUUGAUUAAUGAAAAUCAAUUGAGGAAUAGAGCUAAACAAAUCAUCAAUGCACAGGAAUCUUCAGCGAGACUGACGAUCCGAGAUCGAUUAUUUGUCAAUAUUGACAUUCUGGAAGCAGAACCAAGAUCCAUUCCAUGUUUGUUAGAAGAGAGCUCUCAUCGAUUGAACGAUAUUGAUGCAUUCGCAAAGCAAUUGUUUAAGGAAAUUGAUUUACGAAUGAUGGCAGAAAAUUGUGAAGACCUUCAAGUUCCGAUUAUAAAUUUAAAAUUCCUGAAAGAAUCCUUUGAAAAUGGCACACUUUCAUACAUUCCCUUUGAUGCUACCUUGAUGAAUGCUCUGCUCUUGAACUACCCAAUCAUUCUAUUUUACGGUUCGCGAUUUAACACGAGUAGUGACAGCAACAAGAUGAACUUUGUAGCGAAUCAUUGCUUGAAUAAUUUAAAUCUACAACGAUAUUCCCUAUUCUCGUCACUAUUGGUGGACGGUCCAUUCAUUUUGCAGUUUGUAAUUCCAAGCGAAUUAUAUGAAGAACAUCGCUCCGUAUUCGACAGCUGCAUCGUCGCAUGGCUUGAAAAUGUGAAAAGCUCUGUGAACAGCACUUCAGAAGAAAGAAAUGGACUAUACUUGAAAAUUGAAUCUCUGAAUCAUGAUAAUAUUGUUCUCUAA